UCCUGGUGCAAGGCCAUGAGGGCGACGGUCAAGUACUACGUGGACGAAGCCAACUGCGUCCGUCGCGACGACCAGCAGCAGCUUCGUGAGCAGCAGCCCAUUCCCGAGCUGGACGCGCUUGGGAGAGCGCAUCGGGCCGUCAACCGCGCCGCGCUGAACCAGUACAUGGACCAGUUCAAGAAGGGCGACCCGGCCAUCGCCAACGAGACGUUCUGCAUGCAAGUCCGCCGCUCUAGGAUCUCGUUCGCGUGCGACUGCGGGCCGAUGCAGAUGCGCGUCGAGGCUUCCAACGCUGGCGCGCAGCAUCAGUUGCUCGACUCCUCGAAGCAGCUCAGGGCCGGGUCCAUGACGGGGGCGCCGCCGG